AAGAGAUAAUUGAUUCCAUUAUGUGUGCGUCGGCCAAAUAUAACACCCGGGGUCCAGCCCUCAUCCCAAGGAUGAAAACCAAGCAUCGCAUCUACUACAUCACUCUCUUUUCCAUAGUUCUGCUUGGCCUAAUUGCCACAGGAAUGUUCCAGUUCUGGCCUCACUCCAUUGAGUCAUCCAGUGACUGGACCGUUGAAAAACGCAGUGUCCAUGAUGUGCCUGUGGUCAAGCUUCCCGCCGAUAGCCCCAUUCCUGAGCGGGGAGACCUCAGCUGCAGGAUGCACACCUGCUUCGACGUCUAUCGAUGUGGCUUCAAUCCCAAAAACAAAAUCAAGGUAUACAUCUACUCACUGAAAAAGUAUGUGGAUGAAUAUGGCACGUCAGUGAGCAACACCAUUUCCAGGGAAUACAAUGAGCUGCUAACUGCCAUCUCUGACAGCGAAUUCUACACUGACGAUGUCAACCGGGCCUGCCUUUUUGUGCCAUCCGUAGAUGUCCUCAAUCAGAACGCGCUCCGUAUCAAGGAGACAGCUCAGGCUUUGGCACAGUUAUCCAGGUGGGAUCGAGGUACAAAUCACUUGCUCUUCAAUAUGCUGCCUGGAGGGCCACCGGAUUAUAACACUGCCCUAGAUGUUCCUAGAGAUAGAGCUCUGCUGGCUGGUGGAGGCUUUUCCACAUGGACUUACCGGCAAGGCUACGAUGUCAGUAUUCCUGUUUACAGCCCUUUGUCGGGAGAAGUGGAUCUGCCAGAAAGAGGACCGGGUCCUCGCAGGUAUUUCAUUCUGUCAUCUCAGAUGGCUCUGCACCCAGAAUACCGGUCUGAGUUGGAAGCUCUUCAAGCUGAGAACGGGGAAUCAGUGUUGAUCCUAGACAAAUGUACAAAUCUGUCAGAUGGGGUCCCUGCUGUUCGCAAACGUUGUCACAAGAAUCAAGUCUUUGAUUAUCCUCAAGUGCUUCAGGAGUCUACGUUCUGUGUAGUUCUACGUGGAGCCCGCCUGGGACAGGCUGUGCUAAGCGAUGUUCUUCAAGCUGGCUGUGUCCCAGUCAUCAUUGCCGACUCCUACAUUUUACCUUUCUCUGAGGUUCUGGACUGGAAGAGGGCCUCUGUUGUCAUCCCUGAAGAAAAGAUGCCUGAAAUGUACAGUAUUCUGCAAAGUGUCCCCCAGCGACAGAUUGAAGAGAUGCAAAGACAGGCAAGGUGGUUCUGGGAAGCAUAUUUUCAAUCAAUGAAAGCAAUUGCUCUUGCUACUCUUCAGAUUAUCAAUGAUAGAAUUUACCCAUAUGCUGCCAUUUCUUACGAAGAAUGGAAUGAUCCCCCAGCUGUGAAGUGGAGCAGUGUGAGCAACCCACUCUUCCUUCCACUGAUCCCACCUCAGUCCCAAGGUUUCACAGCCAUAGUUCUGACCUAUGACCGGGUGGAGAGCCUUUUCCGAGUCAUCACGGAGGUGUCUAAAGUGCCUAGUCUAUCCAAAUUGUUAGUUGUCUGGAACAACCAGAAUAAGAAUCCGCCGGAAGGUAAGACCCCAUG